AUGCCUGAUACCACUACAGCGCCUGCUAAGGCUGUGUUGAAAGUACAAGCAAUGCGUGAUCAAAAUGCCACGAUUUGUUUUGCUCGCGUACUCGUUUUGCAUGUAGGAUCAAAAGAAGCUUCGAUUGGAUUCCAUGCCCUGAUCAAUGACUCUAAUGGAGCAAUGCUUCCGGAAGUUAUGGAGAAGGUGAAAUUGGUGGAUGCACUCGUUACUUCGACAUUGCUACACUUGACUUCUUGUUCCAGAGAAAAGAACUCGUUCAAGACCAUGAACAAUAAUGAAGAUUUGGAUGAUUUCGAUCUAGUGAAUUACGCUUUUUCAAAGUUCCUGGUCUUGUCAAUUGGCUCUCCCGUAGAGGUUGGAACGAUACUCCAGCUGGUCCAAUUCAAUCCAAGAUUUGCUCGCCACGUUCAAACUCGAGGAGAUGAUGUCAAACUCGAAUCUCUGGAUGACGAUGAUGAAGGAGCAGACGAUACAUCUUCAGAGACAGACUCGCAUGUUAAUGACUCGCUCUAUCCAACUUCAUCAAGUCAGCAGCCUCCUCCAAUUGAAGGAGGAGCAGUGGAUAGUGUUGGUUAUUUGACUAGAGUCACAUUCGAUAAUGAUGAUCCAACGCGACCGCCUUACGAACUUGAGUCGUUGGAUUCAUCAUUCUUUGGAUUGUUGUACGAGUUGAUUGGCUUAGAAGGACUGCAAGCUCUUUGGAAGGGAGUCUCAACCGAAUGGGUUCGAGAUAUUCUGAAUGUGCUGAUACAGCCCACCAUCGAGGGUGCCUUGAACGAUUACUUUGAUAUAGUAGACGAAGGAAUACCAUUAAUGCAUUCAGACAAUCCGUGGCCAUCGCUAGCUACCACAAUAGGUAGUCACGUAUUUACUGGAUGGAUGUUGAGUCCUUUUGAGCUUGUGAAGACGAGACUUGUUGUACAGACAACCAACCCAUUCCAUCGAAAAUACAAAGGCUUCUUACAUUGCAUAUCAACAGUAUCUAACGAAGAAGGACUAUCAGCCUUUUAUGGUGGUCCAAGCCUCCUCCCAACCCUCCUGUAUUAUACUCUCGAACCAAUCUUUGCUGACGCCCACCAUUUCAUAAUAUAUCGAGUCAUUGGCAUAUCCAUGGAAUCUAGCCCGCUGCUCUAUGCUCUCGCAGAUCUAGGACUGACAACUCUGAAUCUGGGAAUAACUCUACCGCUGGAGACUGUACGAAGAAGACUGUUUGCUCAGCAGUCGCGAAUUAAAAGAAGGACCAGUAGUACACGAGAAUUCGUGACUUGUGUAAGGCGCAGCAGUAUACCAUAUACUAGUAUGUGGAAUGUGCUGUAUAGGAUUGUGACUGAAGAGGGUACAGUGGUGCCUCAGAAAACGAGAAAAAAUGGGAGCAGGAGUAGUAAUAGUAAGCAGCGUAAUGGUGGGCCAUCUACUGGUGAAGAACAGUCACGUUUGGAUUUGCACAUAUCUGCAUUGUACCGUGGUUUCUGGCUAAGAUUUGCUCUAGCCAGUGCCACGAACCAAUGGUGUGAUUUCAGCUUGAAUGACAACUAUAACAUAUCGAGCGUACAAAUGCCGACUGCAGGCUCCUUCAGAAAGACAGUAUUUGACCCUAUUCUGGUGGUUGCUCAAAUAGUCAGUCUGCAGACAGCCUACUACCUGUCAUUAAGUUUCAUUGUCUUUGUCCUGGAAACUCUGACGGGCUCAACGGCAACACUGGAUCAUGUUCUAAAUUAUAGAGAAAUACGCACUGAUACUGUACUGGGAUGGGCUCUCUUCCUCGCCAAUCUUGGCAAUGCUGCUCUAGCGGCUUUAUUCAUGCUAUUUAUAGUCCAAAGGUCUCGCCAAUGUCUAGAUUUCGCAUGCACGCUCUACUUUUACCAUUUCAUGGGGGUGUGGAUUUACAGCGGUGGUUUCCCAACAUUCUUCUUUUGGUGGGUUGCAUUUAUCGGUAGCAUGGUGGGGUGUGCUAUUGGUGGUGAGCAGUUGUGUCAGCAGGCAGAGUUGCAGCCGAUUACGUUUGGUGUGGGAAGCACGAGUAACGGUAGUGGUGGUGGUGCUUCAAGUAGUAAUAGUGCUAGUAAUGGAAGGGCAUCGCCAUCCGGAAGAUAUAAGAAGAGGACUUCGAAUAUCCCUGCUGAUUCGGUAGAGCUCGCACCAUUGACAUCGGAUCGGGAUCAUUAG